GUUCACAUAAACUGAUGACGUCACGCGUAGUUACUGAGAAGCCGAAAGCAAAGCGUGAAAUUUUUUCACUGUUCUCAAAUUAUGGUAUGUAGUAAUACAUGUUAAGCUGCAAAUUUGUAUCAUAACUUCAAAAGAAGCGCUAAAUAAUGUUAUUAAUUUAAAGAAGGGUAGAUCAAAGAAAAACUGUAACUUGUAUAAGAGUUUAGUUAUUUUUAAAAACUGCCGUAGCCUACACAAACUUUUAAAGUAAUUUAGAUUUAGAGUUUAGAGCUAGUGCUUGUGUGUUUGUUAAGAAUUUAGACAAUUUUUACUUAAGUAGUUAACCACUUCGGCUAAUCUUUGACGUCUUUGUAGAUUACUCCGAUUACUCUUUGAAGUCCUUGUCCUGUGGUUACAGUUGGGCCUAGUAAUAAAUAGUAGUAUAAGUAUAAAUAAAACUUACUUACUACUUUAAUUAAAUUACAUUAGUAUUAGUAUUAGGCCUUAGCCUUAAGCCUUAGGCUACUACUAACUACAACAUGACUUAGACCAAGUCUGUUGUUCGUAAUAUGACUUAGGCCUAGUCUGUUGUUGUUCGUCCUUCAUACAUGAAGAUGACCAAGACAUUUUUUGACUUGAGUAGUAACCUUGACUUGAGCUGUACUUCCAGAUGACUGGAAAUAGACAAGGAUGCAGUAGAUGACCAGCAGUGAGUCUUGUGUGUUUCCCUGUGCCUUUAUGCAUUCUGCAUUGUAGGAGUUGUCAGAAUUUUCAUAGUAUCAAUGUCAUAACAGCCACAGGACUCCAUCUCUGGGUUUUUAUUUCAGAGUUUGCAUUCUCUUAGAUGAAUAGCCAUGCAAGGUUAAUGAUUCUUAUCCAUCCGGGGUACUGGUGAUGUUUUAGUUUGCUUGAAUAGCCAUUUUCUGGGGAUUGAACUCAAAUCCACUAGUGUGCGAUUGACUCGUUUAGACUGCUCAGCUACCCAGGACACAUGCCUAGCCUAGAGCUAGUCUGAAAUGAGUUGCCAUCCAAGGUUGAGUCCCAUCCACCCAGGGUGCAGGUGACUAGACCUAGUCGGAAAUGCAAUUUUAACAUUGCAUUGCUCCACAAACAAUUUUUUUCAAGCCCAGCACUGGCCACAGCUAGCCCAUUCCAAAACUAUGCAGCAUACCCCAAUUCAAAUCACACAAUAUAAACUAAUAUAGAUUAUGUAUAUCUAGGUAAAUAUCUGAUAAACCAACAUUUAUCAUUCAUAAAACAAGAUUCCAAACACUUCUUGAAAAUGCUCAUUAAGUGCAAUGGGUUCUUGGAAAUUCAAGAAUAUUAUUCGCAGACUGAAAUGUAGAAAAAUUCUAUGGAACUUCAGUGAACUUGAAUUUCAACAUUUCUUCAUUCAUCAAGUCCAAAAACCCUACAAAACCAUAAUGGUGCUCUGUGAAAAUUUUGUGGUAUUUUACAAGUACCGAUGUGAUACAAGGUGUUUUUGGACCCCACUGUAUGCAUCACAUUAAUUGUGUCAAAGUAUUGGUCAAAAUUGUUUGGAGCAAAGUUAGAUGUUGAGCAAAAUUCAUUAUACCCAGCUUCUUUGUUACGGUAGUCAGGUUAUAUUUUUUUUUAACCAUGUGUCCAUACCUUAUGAUUCUUGGCUUAACUUCUUUGCAACAGGUAAAGUUUUUGUUUUAGCUCAUUUUAGGAAAUUCUUAUUCAGACUUUGUUUUUAUUGAGAUCAUUCAGAUUUUUUUUAAAGGCAAGUCAUGCAUCCACAUUUCACUGCCUGGUGAUAAUCUUUAAGGAUUUGGUCAGGCAUGUUUUUAUUAACAUGAAUUUGACUUCCUCAUGGUGAUGGUCAAAUAAUCUUGGGACAUCUUUAAAUCUGGAAACACAACUUGUAUUUGUGUGAAAUAAUGAUUUACUUCAAACACCAUGUCUGUGCAGAAUAUUUAGAAAAUUUUGUAUUUAUGGCUUUUACUUCAACUCAUGUGUUCAUUAUUUGAAGCAGUACAUCUGGCAAUUUUAAAUCCAUGAAGGUAUUGGUCAUAAUAUUUUAUGUUGAAUCCAGCAAUGUGUAACUUGCUCUUUUGGUUUUUCUCAUUUUACACAAGGAAUAAAUAAUAUUGUAUUAUCUUUCUUCUGAAUACUCAUGCCAGCACAAUUACUGCUUUUGAAGUGUGAUUUUAUAAAGUUAUUUUCUAUUACUUGAACUCACCAGUAGUUGGCUUUACAAAUUCAUUAACCAAAAACACAUACACGUGUUAAGACACACUGUGUAAGAUCUAUAUAAAUUCAUAGUCUCAAUAAUUUUGAGUGAAAUUUUUACCCCUGGUUUUAAAAUGUUUAAUACUGUUUACAAACAUUUUGGCAAACUCAUUUUAAUUUUCACAAAAAAACUAAGUUUCAUUAAGAUGAAUGAUCUAUUGAUUAAUUUAUAAAUUUCAAAAUGUUGUAAUUUUCACUUUGAAAUGAUACUGAUAUUAUAUAGACAUUUUCAAGAACAAAGAAAGUAUGUGUAGAAAAUAUUUUUAAAAAUGAAUUAAAUGAAACAUAUUUAAGUUUCUUGGACAUUCAGUCUAAAUCCUUAAUUUUAUAGCUGAAAUUUUGUUUGUUUUCAUGACAACAUUAUUAUGUCAUUGUUAAAAUAAGACACUAUUUUAAUAAAACAUAGGAUUGUUAAGAAUAAUAUUUAAAAAAGUCAGAACAUUUUUUCAUUAAUUUAAAAAUCUUUCAGUCCCUUUCUAUCAUAUUCUCUCUCUGUACAAUAAAAAAAAUUGGAAAGAUCUAUUAUGAAAUUAUUGCUAGCACUAAUUUGCAUUCAUAAUAUGUGAUCCAUUGAGACUGACUCUCUUUUCCAGGGCUUGCUAUCACUACUGAGAAAACUGAGGUCCAACCCUGACCUAGAGUUGAGAAUUCUUUUACUUGGCCUGGACAAUGCUGGAAAAACAACACUACUGAAAGUUUUAGCGUCAGAAGAUAUAACACAUAUCACGCCUACACAAGUCAGCCAUUUUUUUUAAAUGUUAACUUUAUAUGCUUGAGCCAUAUUUGAGAUCAGAUUAAAAUGGAAACUGUUGUGACAAACUUUAGCAUUCUUACUGAGCAAAGUCUUGUGCAUUAUUUACAAAAAUUAAAAACAUUUUUUUCAAAGCAACAAUAAGGCCCCCACCUUCUAACUCAAAUUCUUCUCAUCUAACAGAUCCUGAUAGAACUUAGUUCAUCUCAAUGGGAUUCGUUUUUUAAAUAUUUAUUAUAUCAUUUAAAAAUCUUUUUCCACCUUCUCUUUCUAAAAUUUAGUGUUUGAUCAUAUGCUAGUUUUAUUUCUUUUGACUGUUUCCAGGGUUUCAACAUUAAAUCUGUGCAAUCUAAAGGUUUCAAGUUGAAUGUAUGGGAUAUAGGUGGACAAAGGAGGAUUAGACCCUAUUGGAGAAAUUACUUUGAAAACACAGAUUUGUUGGUUAGUCUUGAAAUAAUUUUAGCAUUCUUAUGAAUUUUUUUUCAAAGAUCAGAGACAUUUAAAAAAAAAAAAAAAUUAUUUGAUGGCAUCUUUAAGCCAUACAUUUUUUGUUAUUUGAAAUGCUAAAAAUAUUUUAAAAACAUCUGCUUCAUAGAUCUAUGUCAUAGACAGUGCAGACAGGAAACGAUUUGAAGAGACAGGGGAGGUAAGAUUUUUUUUUACUCAGUUUCCAGUGAUGCACCUUAGUUUGUUUUUUUACAUGAUUUUAUUCAGGUUUAAGUUCUAUAUAAAGCAGUAUCACUUGCAAUUAUGAAUUGACUUUCAAAGUGAAACUAAUGAAUGGUUUUGAGUCUGUGGUAAUAAAAAAGAAAAUGUAGUUGCUCAUAGAGUAGAAAAAUCAGAGAGUUUACAUUUGCAAAUAAGCUUUUUGAUCCAAGUGUUGGUAUAAAGUUUGAAACGGUUUCAUUAUUUUUUCACCUUUUUUGUUAUUAUUUGUUAAUUUUUAUCUUCAAUUAAAAAGGAUAACAUUACUAAUUUUAGGACUAUCCAUAAAUGAUUUUUAUUCUUUAUCAGCAUAUUUUACUCUCCCUCCACAAUUUUUUUUUUUUUUUUUAAUCACAAAUUCAUUACACCCCACAGUUGUAUCAUUUAUGGAUGGGCCCCCUUAUGUCACAAGUUAUUUUGAAAAAGGGAAUUGAUUUUAGUUGAUGAAGAUGAAUUUGCGUGUUUACAUAGUCACAUUUCUUUGUUGUACAGAAUUGCAUAAAAUAAAUGAGUUUAGGAACUCAAACAUUUUCCAGUAUUACAUCAGAAAGCUAUAAUAUGAAAAUCUAUUUUGAUUCAUUUAGUUUUGGCCUUUUGUGUGCACUGUUGCUUCCAUAGGAACUAACAGAACUUUUAGAGGAAGAGAAGCUUGCUGGGGUUCCAGUGCUGAUCUUUGCCAACAAACAAGACCUUCUUACUGCAGCCAGGGCCAGUGAAAUAGCUGAAGGUCUAAAUUUAAACUCAAUAAGGGACAGGGAGUGGCAGAUCCAGGCCUGCUCUGCUGUGUCAGGGGAAGGAAUCAAGGUAGGGUUGCUUGAUUUUUUUUUCAUUUUAAUUCUAAAAAAAGAAUUUUUUAAUUCUUGAGACCUUCUGUUGUUUUUCUAUCCUUUCAAUCUUUAAAAAAAAAAAAUUCCAAAGGUUUAGUUUUUUGUGUAGCAUAAAGCAUUUUUAAAUUAUUUAACAUUCCCUAUACAGAAAUAUGACCCAAUGUUAAAUAAUCAUGAUGUAAUAAUGGAUGUGGGGGGGGGGGUGUGUUGGAGGUGUUUUGUGCCUGUGGCAAUAAAUCUAAGAAAAUUAUUUAAAAUACAAAAAAUUCAGCAAGUCUUUAUGUGAAACAAAGCAAAGAACUGAAAAAGACCUCUUGCUUUUUAAUCCUGUUCUGUGAUGAAUUAAUGCAUUUUUUAAAAAUCAAGGAUUUCAACCUGCAAUUUUAAUCCUCAAAUUUCCUUGUUAGAUAAAUUGGUGUGAUAUAUUUAUUGUUUUUAAAAAAUUAAGGAUUUCAACCGGCCAUUUUAAUUUAAAGAUUAUAGACCUCAAAUUCCCUUGUUAGAUAUAAUUUGGUGUGAUAUAUUUAUAAUUUCUUAAAAACCUCUUCCUUUCACUAAAGUAAGUCAUUACUUAAUUUUUUUAAGUAAUGUUUUAUGAUCACUAACUUAUACAGUGCUGAGCAUGAAUUUAAAACUAUUUAAUUGAUGUCUUUACAGGAAGGUGUGGAAUGGAUGACAAAAACAUGCAACAACAAAAAGAAAUGAGAUUUAAAUACCCUUAGUUAAUGCCUGAAAGUGAACAAUGAGUGGUUCAGAAGUCAGUAGUGACCAAAUGAUACAUUUUGUUUGCUUAAUGAAAAAAGUUCUUUUUUUUUUUAUUGAGGCAUGUGUUAUCUUUUGAUUUGUUGACAUUUUAAGAAGUUAACAUAAACCAGAGGGUGUUAACAUAAUUCAAGUGAAAUAAAUGUACAUAAAAUUUAGAAAGUUGUUCUUCAAUUUAAUCUCUAAAGCUGAUACUGAUACCAUAUACUUUAUUUCAUUGUAAAACUUUACACUUGAAGUAUAAUGGUAACAUGUGAAUCUGGAAAAUGGGAUAUUCCAUUUUCUAUUUUUAAAAGUAUGUUCCAAGACAUUUUCAUUUGACAAAAAUAUUAAUCCUUAUUUUUGGAUUAUUAUAAAUAGAAAAAAAAAGAAAUAUUUCAAAGAUAAAUUCUUGAUCAUAAUUUUGAUUUUAAAAAUAUUAUUGAAAAUGUAUGUGGUGAGAAUUUCUUAGGACUUGACACUCAGACCUACUUAUUUUUCCAGCCUCAUAGAAAUAUUCUCAUUACACAAGGGUACUGGUAUGCAUUUUUUUUCUCCAUUUCAUAGACAGGUAAUUUAUAAACAAAAUGUUCUGGGAAAAACAUUACUUUAGUUAUACAAAGAUAAAUGACUCAAUAACUUGCGAAAUUAAUUUAUUAUUAUAACAUCUCUUUUUAGCCAGUUAACACCCUUUGGUUCAUCAUAAACCCUGAAAAUUAUUAAAAACUUUUAUGUGUAGAGAUUUUUUUUGGGGGAAAACAGAGAUAAACUAAAGUGUUUGUUUAUUUCAUUGUAAAAAAUUAUAAUUACAGCACCAUACAAUGUUCACAAUUAUAAUGCAGAAUAUAUUGAGUAGCUGUAUAAAAAUUACACAGAGGUUACGAGAGAAUUUAAAGAUGUAAUUGCCUCAAGCCUUUAACAUUUUUUCAUUUCCACUUUUGUUCAAAUGGCUGCAUUAAAAGUUAAAGAUGAGAAGCCACUUUUUUUAAGGGAAUCAUUUUUAUUGCAAUGCCAAUGUUAAAUGGCCAACAUUAGCACAGUCUAACUUUUAUCAAGAAUUUUUAUCGAGGAGAAAUAUUCAACUUAUUAUUUAUUGAUGAGUAUUUUUUUUAAAAACAUUUUCUUUAACAAAUUCAAUUAUGUUUUUAAAAAAAUCUAACUUUAAAAUAUACUUAUUUUCUAACAAGCUAAUUUUAUAUGUGGUAGUUUAUCAGAGAUGCCUCUGCAAUUUUCUCUAUUAUUUGACUGUAUUUAUAUUUGAAAUAUACACAACAUUAGACAUUUCAUUCUGUAUCCAAACUUUCUUAUUUUAUAAGCGUAAAGUGAUACAACUAUUUUUUUUAUAAGCCCUCCAAGUUAUUAUACACCACAAAAACAUAAUAUCAAGGUAUGAAGAUGUAUGAAUCAUCAUUUUGAAAUCUCUGUGCAAGAAAUCAAAUGUUUUACAUAUCAUAUUGAAUGUUUUCAAUCAUUUUCAUAAUUAUUUAUAGAGCAUUUGCAUUUCAAUAUUUAAUUAUUAUAAAUGACUCUAGGAAAAGCAGCAGCUAGUAUUAUUUUGACAUCCAAUCAACCAACAAUAGCAUCAAUUAGUGAGUAUUGUUUUAUCUGCAUAGAAGUAAAUAGUUCUACAUUCAGAACUUUCUAAACAAUUAAAUUUUUCUUCUAAAAGAUAACAUGCCAUAUUGUUCUGCAUUUUAACUAUAAAUGUUCAAAAGUAUUGUUUAAAGUAAGUACAUUUUGUUGGAUUUUAACUUCACUUUUUUAUUUUUAUAGUAAGACCUAAGACAGAAUUAUUUGUGCUAAAUUUUUAAGUAACAGUACCGGUAUUUAAAAUAAAUGCAUAAUAAGAGCAUACAAUUUUUUUAUAUUUUUUUAAUUCUUUGAUAUACCAUUAACAAGUUUGAUUUUCAAAAAAUAUUUUUUUGGGGUAUCUGAAAAUUUUAUUCUGCCCAAUUCACCAAACCUUAUCAUUGGUAAUGUAUUGUCUUAACAUUAAUGCAUGACCAGUAAAAGCAACAAUUAAACUUAAUUUUGCAAGAUUUUAAAUAUGAACAAGUCUUAUUUUUAUUGUUACUGAUGUAUGUUUGUUUAAAAGGGAAUUAUACUCUGAAUGUCCAGACAGAAGUUGUGUGCCAAUCUUUUAUUGAUGACUUACACAAACAUAUCUCGUAGUCUGCCAUUUCUCUUACAAGUUAUAUCAACUUCUUACAGAUGAAAUGUGUACAAUGAGCCCGGAAGCCUUACACUCUUAGCUCAUAACACUAGUACAACAACAGAAGAAAUCGUUUUUAAAAGGAUAAAAAUUU